AUGGCCUCCAACGAAUACUAUCACACAAAUAUCCCACAACCCCCCGGCUACGACCAUACUGUACCCCCGAAGACAGAUCAAGCGCCACACACAGUUCCUGGAUUUGGCUACGCAAGUCACAGCUACAACCACGGCAAUCCUUCAGCCCCUUAUAACGGCCGUGAAAGUCAACAAUCAUUUGCAUCGGACAAUGAACAAUACCAGACAGCCGGACGGUCAACGGAAGGCGACAAUUACGCAGAAAAUAUACCUUUAAAGACCAAUGCCCAGUAUGGAAACAAUCCAGAUUGGAUGCGCCAACAAACACAGUACCCUCUAUCACCAGGGGGCCUUGAGGAAAGCCAACAACGUGGUGUCCGAAAGAAGAAGGGAUUUUUCAGCAAGAAGAUUGCCUGGGUGACAUACAUCUUGACACUAGCACAGAUUAUCGUAUUUAUUCUCGAACUGGUUAAGAAUGCCCAGAUGACAGGGUCAGUCAUUGAGACGAAGCCCACCUUCAAUCCGAUGAUCGGGCCCUCGCCGUACGUUCAAAUAUACAUGGGAGCACGCUAUAACCCGUGCAUGAAGAACAUCAAGGGGAUCCAGGAUGCCAAUCACACUAUUCCGUGGCUCUGUCCGAAUGCCACAUCGACGAUGGUGACUGGAACGGGGUGUACAUUAUCCGAUGUGUGUGGCUUUAGCGGUGUCCCCAACCCCCACAUUGGAGGGUCGACGGAUGAUCAGCCGUCUCCCAACCAGUGGUACAGAUUCAUCAUCCCCAUCUUCAUGCACGGAGGAUUCAUCCACAUCGGAUUCAACCUGUGGGUUCAGGUGACCAUGGGCGCUGACAUGGAGCGUAUGGUUGGCAUGUGGCGCUAUACUGUAACCUACUUUGCCAGUGGUAUCUUUGGGUUCGUAUUGGGCGGAAACUAUGCCGCGCAGCUCAAUCCCAGUGAUGGCUGCUCGGGCGCCCUAUUCGGUAUCCUUGCACUUUUCCUUCUUGAUCUGCUUUAUGACUGGCCCCAGCGCGAAUCUCCGUGGGUUGAGCUGAUCAUCAUGCUCCUCGGUGUGGGCGUCUCCUUUGUUCUUGGUCUUCUGCCAGGAUUGGACAACUUCUCCCAUAUUGGUGGCUUCAUCAUGGGUCUCGCCAUUGGCUUGACGAUUAUGCGAUCACCUAACGCUCUUCGUGAACGGAUUGGUCUGGCACGACAGCCUUAUGUUGCUAUGAGCGGCGGGGCUGGCCAAGUUGGCCCCGAGCAAAAGACCACCUCCGUGACGGAUUUCUUCAAGGGCAAGCGAGGCCUCACCUCCAACUCGACAGAAACGCCCGGCUCUACGAAAGGCCCGCUCUAUUUCUUCAAGGGCCGCAAGCCUCUUUGGUGGCUGUGGUGGGUGGUCCGUGCCGGUGCCCUGGUUGCUGUCCUCGUUGGUUUCAUUAUGUUGAUCGUCAAUUUUUAUAAAUACCCCUCCUCGGACUGCUCCUGGUGCUACCGGUUGAGUUGCAUGCCCGUCAAUGGCUGGUGUAAUCAGAACAACUUGCCUUGA